AUGCAAAAUCACAAUAACAAAAUCAAUAAAGAGGUAAACGGAUAAGACAAUUUUCAUUCUGUUCAUUCUAAUUUACAUGUUUGUAUUGCCUAUGAAAGAGAUUCGUGUAAAACAUCAAAUAAAUAAUACAGUAAAAAAAGCUCUGUAGACGUGGUCUUGAAAUAUACUUGAAAUAACAUUGCAAAAUGAUGGAGAGGAUUUUUUUUGUUUCGUUGUCCAAUUCCUACCGCCAACUCUACCUACCAACGACAGGUACAAUAGCAAUUGUAAAAUAUCCCGUAAUAAUUUUGCCAGCGCUUUGGGCGGUCAAUUGACGUCAUCUGACAGAAUUUCAUAGUACUAUCUCUCAAAGUAGGCAAGCGACAAGGGAGGUAAAGGCGCGCGCAAGUGCUCCGACAUCUCAUAUGGCGGAUAUCUGAGGGGACCGGUGUCAAUACCAGAGAGAGAGAGAGAGAGAGAGACAUGACUUUCCCAAGAGACAAUCGAUAGCAUAAUCUUCGAUUACGCAUUGAUUCAAUUAGGAAGAUGUGAGUAUCGAGAUAUGUAUAAUUAUUGCCAAUUAAGGACAGUCGGUUGGGUCUAUUAUUCGUUCGUACGAUCUUUACUUUUUUUCUUUCAGGAGAGCCUUGUGUCGCGUUAACGCGUCGAUCAUUCUCGGCUUGCCAUGAGAUUGCCGCUUUUAUUAAUAUUUCGCACGAUGAAUCCUGCGUGUAAACGAAUCCCGUGUCUCGCCUUUGCUUACCACGCCCGGCACUCGAAAUGGUUCGCGUGUGAGGCAGCGAUGAAUUCUAUUAGACAGUUGGUCUAAAAGAGUUCAGCUAUGGCUGAAGGUGGAACGGAACCAAAGUCUAUUGACGGUCAAAUUUCGAGAGGUCAGUUAGAGAUAAACGAAUGCCUCGGUAACUGGUUGACGUACUUACAGACACUUAAUGGCCUAUGUACAGCUGGUACUAAACUGGCUCAAUCUCUGCAAGCGCUUCUCUCCGUGCAUGAUACAGUGGCGCAGUGCCGUCUGACAGGCCAAUGUCUAGCUGGAUGGGAAGAAUUGACGAAAGCUACGCAUAUAGCCAGCAGUACAGUUAAAAAUCAUGUGAUCACUGCUUUAAGGGAUCACGAAGCUCGCGACAAUGAUGGAGAUAAGCAUGAUAUUCUCAGAGAAAAUCUCUUGACAUUCAUAAACUUGCAGUAUCAGUUUUGCGUUGCUUGUUGCGAGUGCUUGGGUGGCAUGGCAGAAUGCUCUUGUUCUCAGAGCGGCAGUGGUGAUUGCGAUAUCGCCGCGCUUCAGCAAUGUUUCGAGCGUCUUUACAGCUCGCCGGUACCCCCAAUUUCUUCCUCGUCUACCCAACACUCCACGCAGAAUCGGAGAUCUCCCUUGCCAUAUUCAUUAUUUCCUCUGCAGGUUCAGAGGAGAUGGUCGGAAACAGCCGCGGCGGAAAUGUCAGGCGAGUCCGCCGAGAGCACGAUGAGGCGCUGGUCGAUGCCCUGGGAUUGCAAGCACGUCAUAGAAUGGCCGCGUCAGGACGCGAGGUCGCGAUUAAGGGUGCCUCAGCAGGACCGUAGUAGGUCGACCACGCCCGACUCAGUGUGGAAAACAUCCACGAUGGCUAGUCAGGACGGUCUCCAGGAGGCCAUUCAGCUGUUGUCUUGCAAGCCAGGAGUUCGGCCGUCCAAUCAGCUCUCGGCUUAUACUAGUCAACAUAUCCCGGGCGUCACUUUGACGACCUGCAAUUUCGAUUCGAAUUACGAUUCCGCUAUUUGGUCAGGGUCACGUAGGGUAGGUUCACCCAGAUGCUGGCCUCAGGACUCCAGCGAUCAUUCCGAUCAGUCCGGUCACCGUGAUAGCGAUCAUAGUGUUCAUAGUGGCGAGCACAGGGACUCGGAACAAAGUGGUGCCAGUGGCAGUCAUGGCGACAGCAAGGAUAGCAUUCACUCCCAUUGCGAUCAUAGAGAAACUGAAACUGGUGAGUGCGUCAGUAUCGUGCUCCUAAUGUUUUAUAUUCGCCGAAACGCUCCGAAAAUGAUGUUAAGGUUCAAUCAAAGUUCAAGCGCGAUGAUCUUAGAUCAAACGUUUCUUUGAAGGUACAGCGGACACACUGCCAUCUCGCAAGAGCAGCUCGUCAACCGACUCCUGUGUCUCGGCGCACAGCCGAUCGGGUUCGGAA